GGUAAUGUUUAACAUGACUGAUCUGACUGGGUCAUUGUAUGAAGUUAUGUUGACCUGUAAACAAAUGAUUAAAUACAAAAAUUUUGUAUCAAUGAAUACACAUGCACGAAAUGCACAAUCCUGCCUCCCUUUCCUUCUUUCUCUCUCUCUCUCUGUCUGUCUGUCUUCCCAGGCAUAAAACAAGUGUGCUGCAAUGUAUCUGGGUCAAACACAAAGCAGCCCCUACGGUCUUCAAGAGGGAAAGCGGAGAUAGAAUGAGGAAAUCAGGGGGCUUGAGGAUAAACAAACAAACCACCCAUAGAACAAAUCGACCCACUCCACGUGAUGUCACAUUUAUCACUGCAGUCAGAAAUGAGCUACUGAUGAAAAGACAGUGAGAGAGAGAGAGAGUGUAAGGGGAUGUAUACAUAUUAGUGAACAUUGGAUUGUACCACUGGGGUAUUAUCUGGAUUGUUAGAAUUUAAGAGCAUUAUUUUUAUCUUACAAAUCUAAAUACCGAUAUAAGAGCCUGUGCUCACGUGUGGGUAUCCACAACUCAACAUGGCUAAAUGGAACUCAAAGCUCAAGUGGUUCCUUCUGGUCAACAUAUUAAUGUCUGAUGUGGUAUUUUCUAGAGGUCCACUUCCACAGAGACCCCAAAGCAACCUGGGGCCAAUCACUUCUUCCCAAUCAAGUUUUCCAGAGUCUCAAAUCCAUUUAGAAGGUGGUGAUGGCCAUCCUGCUUAUCAGCUGGUCUUAAACCUCUCUGCCUCUUUAAAAGGUCAACUGCAUCUCCACAGCAAUGUAAGCUGUGUGGAGCUCGCUAAUGGAAGCUGGAGAGGAAACGGUUUCUCUCAGGAGCUUCUGGGGUUGGCAAUGGUGCCUGUGUUGGUAUCAGCGAGAUGUUUGGUUGAAGCCCAAGAAUUGGUAAGGAAGCUCUACACCGUGCUGGGCCAAGAGGAUACGCAUGAGCUUGUGCAGGACGUGGUGAUUUUGAUCAAAAGAGGCAAAGAGAGAGAAUCGACAAAUGCCGCUCAUUAUACCUUUAGUAACACCAGCCAAAGCACCGCCUCUUCCACAACAAUACUAAGCCAAGUGUCUCAGAACCAUCUGCAAGCUUUGAUUUUUAACAUUAACCAGCUGGCGGAACUGGGAAAAGGCGUAGAUAUUUAUGAAGGUGAAGAUGGAGCCAGGGGACAAUGCAAGGGGUGUGUUAGGGUGAAGGGCACACAGUUAUUGGGGGUGGCUGCAGAACAGAUUGAACCAUUGCGCCUUGACGGGGCGCAGAAAGCCUGUCGACGCUUGGGACUCCGCUGUGCAGGUGUGACCCAAGACGGUAGUUACAAUCCUGAAUAUUAUCGUGUUAUCUUAAGGACUGGUAGUCGAGUAGUGCCUUCAUCUUCCUCUGAGAGCUGGAUUCAGAACUGCAAGAUGGCGCCUGUACGCUGGCGUAGAAAUACAGUUCCUCAGAAUAACUGCAUGAACAAAAAAGAGAAGCAAGUGUAUACCGUGGUGGAGUGGAUCCCUGCGGUCUCUACUCUUUAUAAUCUGGGAACAGCGGUUUACUAUGCGUCUGUUAACUGCUAUGACACCGCAAAAGAAAGAGCAAUCCUCAGUACUGUGGAUCUGGGCACAGACGCCCUCAUGGUUGUGACUGGAGGAACCGCAGGGGUUGCCGGUUACACGUUUGGAGCAGGUCUGAAAACUGGGGUGAAGGCAGGGGUUAAAUACCUGCUAAACAGCAUGAAAGAAGAAGAUGACCUGUUGAUGAAUCCGAAUAGCUGGGAGGAUGGAACCCUGAACGUCCAGUAAGAAGUGUACAGGGGAAUGAUGGCCAUUGACAGAAAGAUGAGACCAGAGGAUGGCAGAACUGCUCCAGUAAACACCUGCAGUAAAUCAUGUUUAGGAAACUCUAUUUGAAGACUUUGGUUCCAAAAUGAGAUAACGUUCAAAAAUCCGAGAUUUUGUCUUUUUUUAUCGUGCAUUCCAAUUAAUAUCAAUGAAACUGCAUUUGUUCUGUUUUGAUUUAAGACAUAAUAACUCAAAGAAUACAGCUAACUUGCACAAUAAAAACCGUGAUAACAUGACCUCUGAAAAAUGAUCUCAUUUUGGAAUCCAACUCUUCAUUUGUUUAUGGACAUAUUGUAUAAUAUGCACAGUGACAAUUUACAAUGUCAGACAUGUUAUGUACAGUAAAAGCAAUAAUUGUAUUAUUUGCAUACUGGUGACUAGUUUUUAGGUCAUUGAUAUGAUUGAACGUAUUCUUAAUCUCAUGUUACAUCAUACAUCAAAAUGAUCAAUUUCUAAUCAAAUGGUAGAAUGAUAAACGGAAAACAAACAGUUAACGACCAUAUCAUUUUAGUCAUUAAAAAUAAAUUUGAGUUAUUUGACCAAAUAUAAUAGUAAAUAGUAUAACAUUAACAGCGAGAAUUUAUUUGUCACUAAUUCCCUUUUAUAUUUUACUCUCUUUCAAAUCGUCAUUUUAAAUGCAAAGAUAGAAAUAAAGAAUAAAGAUUCCAAGGCAAUAUUACCUACUA